CCGCAUGCGUUUGACUUGAUCAAGUAUUCAUUUCAAAGGGAACGUCUUGUGAAUUGUUGGAUUAAAUACUUGAAAAGACCUAAACAUGACGACCGACGAACAAAAAUUCGAUGGGUUAUUGUUGUCGUUGGCUCAACAGCACGAAGGAGGUGUCAAAGACCUGCUUGAAACGAUAUUCAGUUUUUUGGCUAGAAAAACAGACUUUUACACAGGUGGAGGAGAAGGAGCAGCAGAGAAGCUUGUUAUGAGUAUACUAAAAAAGUACGAAGCCACAGCAGUAGCUAGGACAGAAACAGAAAAAGCUGAACGAGCUGAACAAGAAAGAAAGAGGAAGGAAAAACUUGAAAAAAAGAAAAAAGAAGAGCAAACUGCAUCGUUUGAGAGUCUAACUGAUGAUGCAAAAAUUGUAGAACUCACGGAUGAACAGGCCAGCAAACUUCAAAGUGAAAUAGAUGCCAAAAAAUCGGUAGAAGAAAAUAAACCUAGUGUCAGUACAAGUAGUACUGAAGAUAAAAAAGAUAUCAAAGUAGAUGAAGAAGAAGAUGAAGAAGAGAAGAAUAAACUGAAACCUAACAUUGGCAAUGGUGCUGAUUUGCCAAAUUACAAAUGGACACAGACUCUUCAAGAUCUCGAGGUGAACAAGAUGCAGUGGUGGUCUCACGUUGUGACCAGCGACCCCGAGAUUAGUACGAAAAAGGUCAAUCCAGAGCCGAGCAAACUCUCCGAUUUGGACGGUGAGACGCGAGGUCUCGUUGAAAAAAUGAUGUACGACCAACGACAGAAGGAGCUCGGUUUGCCGACGUCCGAAGAACAAAAGAAACAGGAUGUCAUCAAAAAGUUCAUGGAACAGCAUCCGGAAAUGGAUUUUUCAAAGUGCAAAUUCAAUUGAACAUCAAAAAUCUUCAUUUAAACUUGUUCGUUUCGAAAAAUUUUCACUUUUUUUACGUUUUUCUUUUUAUACAUGUUUUUGCAUCAAACUUCAUUUUAUUGUAUUCAAUGUCUGACGUCAAGUUUCAAAAGGACAUUAUUCCUUACAGUAAGUAAUGCAAAUAAAAGUUUUUACAAUUUUUCAUAGCUCUCGCUGCUUCAGUCUUCUGCUCGAACAGCUUUUUUUUUAUAUUUUUUUGUUAAAUACAUGUAAUAUUGUUAGCGUGAUUUCAUAAUAAAAUUAAUCUCACACAUUUCAGCUUACGCUCAC